CGUUCAAAAUGCUAACCAGGAGGUCGCGAGUUUGAGCUUCUCCGGAGUUUCGCGAGAUGCGCACUCCUCACCCUCGGAGGAAGCAGAGGCAGUGUUGAAAUGCUUGUACACAAACUGCCUCAGCCUUUUCAACAAACUCGGCGAUGUUAAACAGUCAGCUUGCCUUGAAAAACUGUCCAUAAUCGCACUCACAGAGACCUGGCUCACACCAGAUGUCUCUGACGCGGAGAUCUCGAUAGACGGUGAACGACAGCCACUGACCGACAAGAACAAAACCGACCCGGGAAACUUGGGCGAAAGCCUCGAUCCUGUGUAUCAAUCCGUGAAUCCGUG